AAAUAGUUUAUAAAGUAGUUGUAUCUUAUAUGUUGGUAGCACUGUUCUACUGUCACAUACUUUAUUCAUUUUAUUGUUUUUUGUUAAUCGGGAUGGGUUUAAAAUUUGUUUUUUCAAUAAUUAUAAUGAUUUAGUGAAAAGUUUCAGUAGUCUGAAAAAAUUACUUAAUCUAUUCAUAAAUGGAAAAAAUGAACGGAAUAAGAAUGAAAACAAUCGGAAUCAAAAAACCUAUUCGUAUGUGGAUAGAUGGUAAAUGCUUCAACAUUAAACAUUUUAAUGGAAAACAAAGGCAAACUGUGAGUCCUCAUCCAUUAACAGGUACAUCGGAUUUUGAAAAUUAUGAUAUGUAUAACAUUGAUUUUGAUACUUUAGAAGACGGAACUUUAUACACAAGCUUUGAGUUACCACAGUUAUAUUACACAAAACUCAAAUGUAAUGAUUUCUUUGAUUUGAAUUUGUUAAAAAACAAAACCAAAACUACUAUAUCAGUACCAAGUUAUGGUAACAACAGAAAAUUGAUAAUAUCAGGAGUUGAGGAUAAUAUAAGAGAUGCUUUGAUUGAAUUACACUCAGUUAUAGGUUAUAUAAGAGAUAGAUCAUUGCCUUUACAAUUCACUUCAAUUCCUUUAGUAAAUGAGGAAAUAAGAAGUAAUUUUGAAAAUUUUAAAAGUGAAAUAUUGAAUGAUACGAGUUUACGUGGUGUUGAAGAAUCAAUUUUUCAGAGUCCUCUUAAACUACAUCUUACAAUAAACAUAUUAGUCUUAUUGAAUGAUAGAGAAAAAAAUGAGGCCGUUCUGGCUUUGGAGGAAUUCAAUGAGAAUGUCUUGAAGCCUUUAAAACAAAAAAAUGGCGAACUUAAAAUUCACGUUGCUGGUAUUGAUUGUAUGAAUGGAAACUAUAAAAAAGUCGAUGUGUUAUAUGCAAAAGCAAAAAUUUAUAAUGAAACUGAAGAAAUUAGUUUACAAGAUAUUGCAAAUCAAUUAUCAGAACAUUUUUACCAAAAAGGUUUAUUGAAACAACACCAGGAACAGAUUAAAUUACAUAUGACUUUGAUGAAUACGAAAUACAGGAAUUCGAAAAAAAAGUGGGCGAAAAGAGUUAAUUUUGACGCCACGAAAAUAAUGGAAAAGUACAAAGAUUAUGAAUUCGGUAAAUGCGAUUUUAAUACUGUACAUAUUUCUAAUAUGAGUUCUCUAGGGGAGGAUGGAUUUUACGAAUCUUUAACUAGCGUUGUGAUUUAAUUUAUUUAUAUUUUUGAAUAUGUAAUAUGUUGAUGACAUUUUACUUUGCAAUAAACGAGUACAAAUUUA